AUGGCAGCAGGCAGCACGUCGGAAUUCGACACGAAUGGAAAUCCUGCCACUGCGUACAAAAUAGACCAAGAAGCCAUGUUCAAUGGACAUAAUAGGAAGAUCAAGGUAUUAACUAUUGGAGCCGGUAUGAGCGGGAUCAUGAUGGCGUAUAACAUUCAGAAGCAUUGCCAAAAUGUCGAGCAUGUGGUAUACGAAAAGAACCAUGAUAUAGGAGGUACCUGGCUGGAGAAUAGAUAUCCAAACUGUGCUUGUGAUGCCCCAAGCCAUGCAUAUAUGUUUAAUUUUGCUCCAAAUCCCGAGUGGAACAAUAUAUAUUCGUAUGCAUUAGAUAUCUGGGCAUAUCUAGAUAGGAUAUGCAAGGUCUUUGAUCUCCGCAGAUAUAUGACCUUCAAUACGCAGGUCACAGGCGCCUACUGGGAAGAAUCUCAUGGCCAGUGGAGGGUAACGCUCAUUCAAACUGCGCCGGAUGGCAGUCAGAAAAAUAUUGAAGAAAAAUGCCAUGUUCUGCUGAAUGCCUCAGGAUUCCUUAACGGACAUAAGUGGCCAGACAUCCCCGGUUUAAGCAAGUUCAAAGGAAGGAUGAUUCACACCGCAGCAUGGCCAAAGGACUACCAGACCGAGAAGUGGAAAGGAGAGAGUGUUGCGGUAAUCGGAAGCGGAGCAUCAAGUAUCCAGACAGUCCCUGGGAUGCAGCCACACGUAAAACACAUGGAUAUAUUCAUACGAACGGGAACAUGGUUCGCAACUAUUGCUGGGAACAAGGGGGAUAAUUCAGCCUAUUCGGAUGAAGAGAAGAUGAGGUUUAGAUCUAGUCCUGAGGCGUUGAUAGAGCAUUGUAAGUCCUGGGAAGAUCAGAUUAAUAGCAUCUGGGGAAUGUUUUAUAGUGGAAGCCCGGCGCAAGAGGCUGUCCGCCAACAGUACGAAAAGCGAAUGAUCGAAUCCAUCAAAGACGAGCGCCUACUGAAAGGUUUCAUGCCUUCGUUUGGCGUAGGGUGUCGAAGAAUCACCCCUGCCGAUCCGUAUAUGGAGGCCAUCCAGGAAGACAAUGUUGAUGUCCACUUCACUGCCGUGUCAGAAAUCACAGAAGAUGGGCUGAUCGGUGCGGAUGGCAUUGAAAGAAAGGUGGAUACGAUCAUAUGCGCCACAGGCUUCGACACUUCGUACCAACCCAAGUUUCCAUUUGUUGGCCAGGGGGGCGUUGAUCUUCGUGAAAAGUGGAAGACAUGCCCAGAGUCGUAUCUCGGCCUAGGAGUCCCUGGGUUUCCUAAUAUGGUGUCGUUUUUCGGCCCUACAUGGCCCGUACACAAUGGAUCGGUGAUAGGCCCGCUCCUCGAAGCAGGCAACUUUGCAAUCAACUUUAUCCGCAAGAUCCAGAACGAAGAGAUACACUCAAUCAGCCCAAGACAGGAUGUUACCGAUGCCUUCAACGAGCAUGUUCAGGAAUGGGUCAAACAUACCAUAUGGGCAGACAGCUGCCGUAGCUGGUAUAAAAACAACGAGACAGGCCGUGUCAAUGCAAUAUGGCCUGGCAGCUCGGAGCAUUUCAUAGAACUGAUCAAACAGCCACGAUAUGAAGACUAUGCAAUCACCUAUCGGAAGAAGAACAUGUGGAGUUUCCUGGGGUUUGGAAAUGUUCCAGCAAACGUCACGAAGGGAGCUGAUCGAAGCCCGUAUAUCUCUGUGGAUGCGAUUGAUCCUGCCUGGCUGAAGGAGAUUUGUAUACAGCAGAGCGGCUGA